AUGUUUAAAGUAGUGAAAGACUCGAAUAUAAGAACUAAAGCUGUUAAUUAUUUGAGACAAUUAAGAUAUGAGAAGAGAUCGUUAGCCACUCAACAAGAAGUGGUGUCUUCUGCUGAUGUCGUUAUCAUUGGAGGAGGAAUUGCAGGAUGUAACACUUUGUAUCAACUCACGAAAAGAGGAGUGAAUGCAGUUCUACUUGAACGAGCAAAAUUAACCAGUGGGACAACGUGGCACACAGCAGGGUUAGUUUGGUCGCUCAGGCCCUGUGAUUUAGAAGUCAAGCUAUUAAGAGACUCCAGAAAGGUAUAUAGUAGUUUAGAAAAGGAGACUGGCGACUACGCAGGAUGGAUCAACAAUGGUGGAAUGUUUAUAUCCAGGAGCGAGAUUCGAACACAAGAAUAUCUGAGGCUACAUACAUUGGGAAAAGCUAUGGGAAUACCUAGUCAAAUUCUAGAUCCCAACGAAGCUCAAAAGUUAUUCCCUCUUUUGGAUCCAUCAGUGUUCAAAAUGGCGCUGUACUCCCCUGAAGAUGGUACUAUAGAUCCUUCGAUGGCAUGUAACGCCCUUGUCAAGAUGGCUUCUAAGAAUGGAGGAAAAAUUUACGAAGAGUGUCCUGUCCUUGAUAUCCAUUACACACACAAUUUGCUUGGAAACAAAGAAGUAACAGCGGUUCACACGGACAGAGGAAUCAUCAAGACAAAAUGUGUGGUCAACUGUGGAGGUGCGUGGGGCCCACGAGUUGCUAGAUUUGCAGGUAUCCCAUCACUUCCAAUAAUCCCUUUCAAGCACGCGUAUGUCGUAUGUGAUGCUACACCGGAAAUCCGCAACGCUCCUAACAUCAGGGAUCAUGACGUCAACCUGUAUAUCAAGGUCCAGGGCGAGAGUUGUCAUGUUGGAGGCUAUGAAUCUAACCCGCAUAUGUUAGACCAGGUACCAGACAAUCUUCAAUUCCAUAUGUACGAUUUGGAUUGGGAUAUAUUCGGGAUACACAUGAGCAGUGCUGCAUCCCUCUGUCCCAAAUUGGAUAAAAUUGGCAUCAAAAGUACGGUGUGCGGCCCCGAAUCCUUUACUCCUGACCACAAACCUGUAUUGGGAGAAGAUCCUAAUGUGUUUGGAUUAUAUCACAAUUGCGGGUACAAUUCAGCCGGUAUGAUGUUCUCAGCUGGCUGUGGGAUACAAAUGGCUGAGUGGAUUAUCAGUGGAAGACCGCAUUACAACAUGUUCACCUUUGAUAUCCGUCGUUUUACCCCCGGACAAAUGUCCCGCGGCCAUUGGAUGAGGGAAAGUAGCCAUGAGGCUUACGUUCGCAAUUACAGCGUAGUCUACCCGCAUGACGAACCUCUGGCAGGUCGCGACGCAAGCCAUGAUGCUAUACACCAAGAGUUAGUGGAUGACGGAGCCGUCAUGCAGGCUCGAGCGGGAUGGGAGAGGCCUGCUUUCUUUAUGCCUGGAGAAAAAAUAAGGGUACAACAAUACGACUGGGGCGGCACCCACGACUACCCCAGAAAUAUGGACCAGCGUUAUGAAAAUAUCCUCAAAGGAGAUUACACCUUUAACUUUUCUAAACAUCACGAACUGAUCGGGUCGGAAGCUCUGGCUUGUCGUAACGCAGCCGCUCUAUUCAACAUGUCGUACUACGGGAAGCUUUACCUGACCGGUCCCGACGCACAGCGGACCGCGGAUUUGGCAUUCACCUCUGACCUGUCUAAGUUAAACGAUAGGGUCGUGUAUUCCUUAAUGCUGAAUGAAAAAGGUGGUGUAGAAGCUGACGUCACAGUCAGUAUACUAGAUGGUGGUAGUGGCCAACUGCACGAACCAAUCUUCAAGGGUCGUGGAUACUAUAUAGUGACGAGUGGAUUCAGUGCAAUUCACGCAUUGGCUCAUUUGCGACGGAUCAUUCAAAAACACAAACUCAAGGCGACCGUCACUGAUGUCUCUAAACAACUGUGCAUUCUAAGUGUGCAAGGACCAGAGAGCCAACAUAUCAUCCAGCGAUUCACAGACGCUGGGUUAUCCAACGACGCUUUCCCUGUCAACACACAUCGUAGCAUCCGUCUCGGAAAAUCUUCCAGAAAUCCUGAUGAUAAACAAUAUACUUGCCGUGCGCUGCGUGUUACAUGGUCCGGGGAACUUGGUUGGGAAUUACACGUGCCUUCGUCUCAUGCCAUACCUGUGUAUAGAGCAUUGAGCCGUACGAAGGGACUUAAAAAUGCAGGAUGGAGGGCGCUGACGUCACUUAGUUUGGAGAAAGGUUACCAUUUAUGGAAUGCCGAUUUAAGAACUGAUGAUAACCCAAUCGAAGCAGGUUUAGGAUUCACUUGUAGAAAAGAAGGUGAUUACAUUGGAAACGAAUUCGUUACUAAGGCCAGGAAGAACGGAGUAACGAAGAAAUAUGCUUAUUUUACACUAGAUGAUAAGGUGGCAAUAUUCGGUCAAGAAGCAAUAUUUAGAAAUGGAGAACCUGUUGGUUACCUAAGAAGGGGAGAUUACGCCUUCUAUUUAGACAAGCCAGUCGGAGUUGGUUACAUUACCAAUAAAGGCGCGAAAGUUACCAAAGAUUUUUUGAAAGACGGCGAAUAUGAGAUCGAGGUGAUGGGACAGCGGCACAAAGCGACACUACACCUUAAAUCUCCGUUUGAUCCCAAUGGCCAAAGAAUACUGGGCAAUUAUGGAAAUGAUGAACAUAUCCAUGAACCGCAUGCUGGACAAAAUGAAAGAGCGGGCGGUGUUGAAUAA